AAAAAUCGAAUGUUUUGUUGUCAUGGAUUUUUACGAUUUAGCCCAUUUUGACUUUGUGAGAAUUUGCUCUAACAAAGAUUUUGUUCUCGCGCUUUGUCAAAGGGCUUCCCUAUCCAGAGGUGCGCACACGUAGAUAUCCCUGCGCACCAUUAUUGAUCAGUGAGACGUGAUUGGGGUAGAUGGAUUGCCAUGUAUAAAAAAACAGUCUGCUUUAAGUUCUGUAACAGAGGGUCUGCUGUGGGUCUAUUGGACAUCAUGCUGCUGACUGUGCAGCUUAGGCAUAUGUUUAGCUGUUUAACUAGGCCUAUCUUGAAAAGUUGAUUCAGCUAAUACUUGUUUGUGAGUUAAUUUCCUUUUUUGGAUUUGUACAUAUAGUUUUAUUUAGUAUAUUCGUCAUCCAUUCAGUAUAAUAGACAUCCUGCACUCAGUCUCCCAUCCGCUCACCUCCCUUACCCGUAAGGGUCCGCUAUUCUAUAUUUCAUGUUUUUGGGGAAAUAAGAAAACAGUAGCCUACAGACCUAUUUCUUAUUUCUCUAUAUAAUAUUUUGUGGUUGGGGAAAAUGCUCCAAGUUGUUAGGCAUACACAGCAAUACAUUCCGGGUUAGAAAUUAGGAAUGUGGCUUGGAAUGUUAUAACGUUGUUAUAAACAUGUUUGACUUUUCAUGUGCGUAUUCAGAGCUGAUUUUAUUCUAGCGUCAUACAUACCCUUCACUCAGUGACCAACCAAAAUGGCUAUCCCCUCCCCUCCAUUUCACGCGUAAAUUACCCGAGUGAAUGGUAAUCGAAACGGAGUUACCUGUAUAGCCAGCCUACUCAGGUAUCUAUUUUUCUCUGCCCUGGUUGAACGUUUGUGAAGUUGUUUCUCUUUAUGUCACUCAACAGAAACGACAAUGAAUACAAUAUGCGUAGUAUGAGAAACCCCAUGGGCGUCAUGAGGAAGAAAGUGACGGACGACAGAGAGCGGCGGAGUCUCAUCAGAGCGCGGUCUGAAUCGAGCACCAACAACCCUGGCGUCACCGUCACCUCUGCCGCCGGCGAACCGGAGCUGGCCACCGACCAGGAUGUCACACCGGUAUUCGUGUACGUCUUGGCGUUUUUUUCUGCCCUGGGUGGCUUCCUUUUUGGCUAUGACACCGGGGUGGUCUCUGGGGCUAUGCUUCUCCUGAAAAAAGAAAUGCAUUUGACCGCUCUAUGGCAGGAGUUGUUGGUCUCCAGUACUGUGGGUGCAGCGGCGCUCUCUGCCCUGGCUGGCGGGACUCUGAAUGGGCUCUUCGGGCGCAGGAUCUGCAUACUAAUGGCCAGCUUCAUUUUUACUGCUGGAGGAGUUGUGUUAGGUGCUGCUCCAAACAAGGAGGUUCUUCUUGUCGGAAGGAUUACAGUUGGUUUGGGAAUAGGGAUUGCCUCCAUGACGGUUCCUGUUUACCUUGCGGAGGUCUCCCCACCACACCUGAGGGGUCAGCUGGUCACCACUUACACCCUCUUCAUCACAGCCGGACAGUUUAUUGCCAGUGUUGUGGACGGGGCCUUUACUUACCUGCACCACAGUGGCUGGAGGUACAUGUUGGGUCUGUCCAUUGUCCCUGCGGUGCUCCAGUUCUUUGGUUUCCUAUUCCUGCCAGAGAGUCCCCGCUGGCUCCUUCAGAAGGGCCUUACCCAGCAGGCCAGGCAGGUGCUCAGCAGGAUCCGUGGGGGUCAGAACAUUGAAAAGGAGUAUGACAGCAUGAGGACCAACAUCGAGGAUGAGGAGAAGGAUGCAGGAGGUGGCCUAGUAUUGUGGCGUAUGCUGACUCGCCCUCCCACCCGCAGAGCCCUGACCGUAGGCUGCGGCCUGCAGAUGUUCCAGCAGCUCUCUGGGAUCAACACUGUCAUGUACUACAGCGCCACCAUCCUACAGAUGGCGGGAGUGAGGGACGACAAGCAGGCCAUCUGGUUGGCUUCCGCCACCGCCGCCACCAACUUCCUGUUCACCCUGGUGGGGGUGUGGCUUGUGGAAAGAGUCGGACGCAGGAAGCUUACGCUGGGGAGCUUAAUGGGUACUGCUUUGAGUCUGACGGUCUUGGCUAUAGGGUUCCUGUUAUCGGCCCAGCACUCCCCUGCCGUCACUCUCCACCCCACUGACACCUCUCUCAACUCCACCUCCUGCACACUAUAUGGGUCCUGUCAACCCUGCAUGUUGGAUCCUGACUGUGGGUUCUGUUACCGUGAGAACGGUUCCACUAUAUACAACUCUUCCUGCAUACCUGUCAAUCAAACAUCGACCGAUGAAGCCGCCUGGGGCAGGUGUUCCAAUCUCAGCCAGGUCAGUGAUGGGUCUCUCUGGGCCUAUAACUACUGCCCCACUUCCUACUCCUGGAUAGUGCUGCUUGGGCUCAUCCUCUACCUGGCUUUCUUUGCUCCAGGUAUGGGGCCCAUGCCGUGGACAGUGAACAGUGAGAUCUACCCUCUGUGGGCCAGGAGCACUGGGAACGCCUGUUCAGCCGGAGUCAACUGGAUCUGUAACGUCCUGGUGUCACUCACCUUCCUCCACGUCGCUGAGUACCUCACCUACUAUGGUGCAUUCUUCCUCUACUCAGGCCUGAGUGUUUUAGGGCUGCUGUUUGUGAUGGGCUGUCUGCCAGAGACCCAGGGCCGCAGGCUGGAGGAGAUGGAGGCCCUGUUCUCUGGAAACCUCUGCUCCUGCAGUGCGUCUGAAGGGGAUGGGGACGGAUCCAGAAACAUCCUGUACAACAGGGUAAAAGGGAGCGACAUCCUCUCAGACAAUGAUGCCUCGGACAUGGAGUAGACGUGGCGCGUCAAGGAACUUCUCUCUCUCUCUCACACCUUCAUGUCUUUUGAUUGGUGGAUUUACAGGCAGUGGUGUUAAACUCACUUGACUGGGCCUUUAGCAUAUAGCAGCUCUCCUAACUGGCUGGUGAACAAGACUUCAACUCUCCUAACUGGCUGGUGGAUGAGACUUCAACUCUUCUAACUGGCUGGUGGACGAGACUUCAACUCUCCUAACUGGCUGGUGGAUGAGACUUCAACUCUCCUAACUGGCUGGUGGACGAGUCUUCAACUCUCCUAACUGGCUGGUGAACGAGACUUCAACUCUCCUAACUGGCUGGUGAACGAGACUUCAACUCUCCUAACUGGCUGGUGAACGAGACUUCAACUCUCCUAACUGGCUGGUGGACGAGACUUCAACUCUCCUAACUGGCUGGUGGAUGAGACUUCAACUCUCCUAACUGGCUGGUGGAUGAGACUUCAACUCUCCUAACUGGCUGGUGGAUGAGACUUCAACUCUCCUAACUGGCUGGUGGAUGAGACUUCAACUCUCCUAACUGGCUGGUGGACGAGACUUCAACUCUCCUAACUGGCUGGUGAACGAGACUUCAACUCUCCUAACUAGCUGGUGAACGAGACUUCAACUCUCCUAACUGGCUGGUGGACGAGACUUCAACUCUCCUAACUGGCUGGUGAACGAGACUUCAACUCUCCUAACUGGCUGGUGGAUGAGACUUCAACUCUCCUAACUGGCUGGUGGAUGAGACUUCAACUCUCCUAACUGGUGAACGAGACUUCAACUCUCCUAACUGGCUGGUGGACGAGACUUCAACUCUCCUAACUGGCUGGUGGACGAGACUUCAACUCUCCUAACUGGCUGGUGGACGAGACUUCAACUCUCCUAACUGGCUGGUGAACGAGACUUCAACUCUCCUAACUGGCUGGUGAACGAGACUUCAACUCUCCUAACUGGCUGGUGGACGAGACUUCAACUCUCCUAACUGGCUGGUGGACGAGACUUCAACUCUCCUAACUGGCUGGUGAACGAGACUUCAACUCUCCUAACUGGCUGGUGAACGAGACUUCAACUCUCCUAACUGGCUGGUGGACGAGACUUCAACUCUCCUAACUGGCUGGUGAACGAGACUUCAACUCUCCUAACUGGCUGGUGGACGAGACUUCAACUCUCCUAACUGGCUGGUGGACGAGACUUCAACUCUCCUAACUGGCUGGUGGAUGAGACUUCAACUCUCCUAACUGGCUGGUGGACGAGACUUCAACUCUCCUAACUGGCUGGUGGACGAGACUUCAACUCUCCUAACUGGCUGGUGGACGAGACUAAUUUUCUAGCCCCAUGGAGAGAGUUCAGCCAAGUGCACUAUGGAGUUAAAGCGUAGCAUAUAUAUAUAUGUGUAUAUCAAAGCCGUAAACAUCACUGGAAUAUAACAUUACUAUUAUAAUAGUAUAGUAGUGUAUUCAUUUCCAAUGCUUAUAAAGUCCCACAAAUGUGUAGUUAUUGCAUUUGUUUCUGUCCUUGGAUUUGGUCAUUUCUUUAGCUCCAGUAGUAGUAAGGUGGUACUAUCUGGAGAUGUGUGGCUUCUCAGCCAGGACCAACGUUUUUUAAUUUUUUUAUUGGCACACUAGCCUUAAUUUGUUUGAAUAUUUUGAUGACAUUACUAUAUUUAUUAAUCCUUUGCUACAGAUUGCACAUUGAUAAACCUAAUGAAAUUAACCUUUCCUUUCAGAAGUUUCGGGAUUCUUUUUUUGCCUUGCAUUCAAAUCAAUCAAAGUGCACAUGAUAAAAUGCAGUCCUGUGGUGUUCCACGUGCUUGUCUUGGUAGAUUAUCAUGUCUGCUUGUCUUGGUGGAUUAUCAUGUCUGCUUGUCUUGGUGGAUUAUCAUGUCUGCUUGUCUUGGUGGAUUAUUGUGUCUUGGUGGAUUAUUAUGUCUGCUUGUCUUGGUGGAUUAUCAUGUCUGCUUGUCUUGGUGGAUUAUCAUGCCUGCUUGUUUUGGUGGAUUAUCAUGUCUGCUUGUUUUGGUGGAUUAUCAUGUCUGCUUGUCUUGGUGGAUUAUCAUGUCUGCUUGUCUUGGUGGAUUAUCAUGUCUGCUUGUCUUGGUGGAUUAUCAUGUCUGCUUGUCUUGGUGGAUUAUCAUGUCUGCUUGUCUUGGUGGAUUAUUAGGUCUGCUUGUCUUGGUGGAUUAUCAUGUCUGCUUGUUUCAUACCUACAAUAUUUAUACAAAUUAAAGCCCACAUGCAUUUUUUGUAGGUUGGCAUGGCAAGUGUUUCCCAGUCAAA